CAUGCUGCUAUGGUUCGGUGCUGUAUGGCCUGUUUUCUGGGCACUUUACUUUGGGCUGGGUUGCGAAAGUAGAGGUACUAGUAGAGUACGGUACGGUACCACCGCGACCACCGUAGAUUGUCGCUCUGCUGCUGGUUCGUCUUUGUCAGUCUUCUUCCGCAUCGUGCUCAAAAUUCCGAAGAACUCGAAACUCAAUACAAAAUCGAAUAGAUACUCGAUCUGUUCCACUGUUGUUGAAAGUACGGUAGUCUACUGGUAGCAAGAUGCUGAGCGUGUCAUGCGAGAGCGACGAUAUCUCUCUAUUGGAGUUGCAAGGCGAGAAGAAGUCCUGCUUGGAGGACUCUUUCAACGCUUCCUACACGGAGGAUUUGGAGCCGUUGGAUGACAACGACGACCAUGACGAUGACUCUGCUACCAAUAACGAUAGCAGGAGCGCCAGCCCCAAACGCAGGAGCACCAGUCCCAAACGACCCAAGCGACGACCCGUGAGGAGAGUCAAGAGCGAUCCAGACCAUCGAUGGGAAGACAACAGCAAGAACGACGACGCUCCCCCUCAUCGAUGGGAAGUCAUGGGCGCCGCAAAGGACGACAGCAAUGUCCCUAGUAGUGACGCUGAUUCCAAAGAGAAAUCCAGACGAUCCAAGUUCAAACGGGCAAAUUCUGUGGACGUCCUCAGCGUCGGCCCACGUCACAGCUGGGAUGGUGGUAGCCGCGUCAAAAGCAAGAAACCCGACUUUCGUUGGGACAAGUUCGUCGAAGCCGAGCUCUCGGAUGAUAACAGCAACGAAAACAACAACGAAACCAGUGAUAAGAGCCUUUCGGCUUCUUCCAACGACGCGAGGACCGCGAUGACCGCGAGUCCUCGACGCAGACCUCCUCGUAGAACCAGGAGUGCUGCUGCCAAUUUCGAGAGACCUCUGCUGACACGCAGCAACAGCAAGGUCCGAUUCUGUCUAGGCAACAACGAUUGCAUUGAAGUCCCUCGUAUUGCCAAGGACAUGAAACGGGAUCUCUUUUACACCAAGAAAGAAAUCAAGGUGUUCAAGGCGGAAAAGAAGGAAGAAAAGAAAGAGGCCAAGGAGCGUCGAAGAGAAGAAAAGGAACGCCAAAAGGAACAAAAGGAGGAUCCACCCGGCAACUCCUUUGCUAAUCCCGCUGGCAACACUGCCAUUGCCAGUGCUUGUUAGUAGCCACACAAGCAAUCAUACAUUAAUGAAAAACAACCAACCAACCAACCCAGUGUCGGCUGACCAACCAUGAUCAACAAACACCAAACCAAAGAAUAAUUGGAGAGGAUGAGCAUGUCAUCUCAAAAGAGUCACUUGGACUGACUUUUACUGAUCAAGAAAUGUACAGAAAAAUCCAAACGUAAUUUUAAUUAAUAAAAUCAAUGAAACAUU